UGGCCAGUUUCCCAUUAGCUCGCCCGUCCUCAAAGUGUCAGCAGCUCCUACAGCUCAUCCACCCUGCCUGCCGACUGCUGAGAUGUGGGGGCCACAGACCGGCGGGUUCUCAGAACCUCAGGCUGCCACAGCUGAGAUCCAGGCCAUCGCGGACCAGGUGAAGUCCCAGCUGGAGGAGAAGGAGAACAAGAAGUUCCCGGUGUUCAAGGCUGUGGAAUUCAGGAGCCAGGUGGUCGCCGGGAUGAACUACUUGAUCAAGGUUCAAGUGGACGAGGAUGACUUCGUGCACAUCCAAGUGUUUGAAAGCCUCCCACAUGAGAACAAGCCCGUGGCCUUGACCAGCUACCAGACCAACAAAGGCAGGCACGACGAGCUGACCAUCUUCUAGGCCCGAUUUUGCAGAGUCCGUCGCCCAUGUGGAUCUCUCCUCUGCAGACCUGUCGUGCCCCUCGGGAUGGUGGUGUUUCUCUUCCCUGCUUUCACUGUGUUCAUUUUUUCCUCCCAAUCCAUGAUUUUAACUAAAUUUCUUUCGAGGGGGGCUUGUGUUAUCUUUAAAUAAACAUGUGUUUCCUGUUUUCACAAA